GUCAAGUAUAAACGUGCACAUUUGUUGGAACACAAAUUGGUCGAGAUGUUGAUCAAACGAAAGUGGUUACGAUCCGGUUUGGUGUAUUAUUUGAAUUUACUCAUCUAUUUGGUGUUUUUGGCAUUCUUUUCUGCCUACAUGCUGUUGGCGAAAUCCGCUGAUCUAGUUCAUCAACAAAAUACCAGUUACGCGAAUAUGUCUUUGAGUGAGGCUUGCACUGGGGGCAAGCUCAUCUCGACAGCACAGUCUGUUUUGCAUGCAAUUGCGUUCUCAAAGUACGUUGUGCUCUCGUUCGGUAUCCUCAAUCUGGCAAAAGAAUUAUUUCAACUUGCAUUUAUGGGCGAUCGUUAUUUUUCUGUGGAAAAUUGUAUCGAAUUUGCCAUAUUUCUGUUGGCCAUUUCAACCGUGGUGGAUGCAAACACGUGUCUGAUCAAGUACGGAUUGAAAGUGGCCUGGCAAUGGCAAUGCGGAGCGCUGGGAGUAUUUCUGGCCUGGCUCAAUCUACUCCUAUUCCUACGACGAGUCCCAACUCUCGGCAUGUUUGUGCUCAUGUUCACCGUGAUCGUUCGAACAUUCGCCAAAUUUUUUUCCGUAUUUUUUCUCUUCAUUUUUGCUUUUGCUUUCGGGUUUCACAUUCUCCUAUCCAACCAGGUCUCGUUCAACAGUUUGGGCAACUCAUUGAUUAAAACGUCCGUGAUGACCUUGGGCGAAUUCGAGUUCGAUGCGGUGGCCGUCUCCGGAUCCAUUCGUACUAGUAGUGCCCCGUGGUGCAACCCAUAUAUGGUCAUUCAAAUGAAUCGUCAGAAAGAGAGAACCUAA